AAUAUAUUGUAUAAAUGUGAUGUAGAGAUGUGUACGGUGUUUGAUAACUAGUGUUUCAGCAAAUGGCUGUCAGUGUGUGUGUUGUUAUCGAUGUUGUCGUAGAUGAUGAUGCCUUUUCCCGUGACCAAAGUGGACCCGUGGGACACCGUGACAGUCACUUUUCGUAUACCUCGAGACGCAGCCAAUCGGCUAAGACAACUGGCCCGAUGUGGCGACCAUACGCUACGCGAGCUGGGCGUACGUUCCGUGCAAUUGGACGACGACGAUCAGGUGGUUACAUUGACUUUAGCCAACCGGCUCAAUGAGAAUCGCCAGCAAUUAACGGUCGGCAAAAUCGGUGACUCCUCGGCGCUCAACACAACAAUUAGUGUCAACACGAGUAGUGCUUCGACGACGCCAUCGGCGGUCAACUCAUCGCCGAUUACUAUAACAAAUAGUGUUGUGAACCAUACAAAUACUAUUUUAAACAAUAGCGUGACUUCCAGUAGUGUCGUCUCAUCGCUGGCCGAGUCGUCUAACAAUGAUUACAAUUAUUCGCCUUCGAGUAGUAGUGUGUCCAGUGUAGAGAUUACCCGUAAAAAUAUAGCACAAUAUUUAAGUGAACAACAGGUGAAUGUGGUGAACAAUGUUGUAGUUCGCGGCCCGAAUCACAGUCCCGGACCUAACAAUAAUCACAACAACACUACUAUCGUCACCAACAACAACAACCCUAACCCCAGCCCAUCCACGAGUCGCGAUUUGCCUGCCUUUUGUUCGCCUAAUGUGGUCGCACCCGUCAACACUGAACCGAUACCCUUCUUAAGCACCAACACAACGGUAACGACUAGUGUUUUAUCGACUGCCACCACAUUGUCAGUUGUCUCAAACAACGGCAUCGCCUCGGGGGCGGCGGCCGCUGCAGCAGCCGCCGCCGCACGGCUGCCGACCAUAACGAAUGCAUCGCCGACUACACGUGAUGUUCAGUCAAAUUAUGGAUUAUUUCCCUUCGCUAGUAUGCAGUAUCAGGCUAUGCAUACAAAACAAGGGUUCAACCAUCACCACCACCACCAACAACAUCAUCAUCCGGGACACCCUUCCAGUAAUACACCAAAGGUUCAAAAGUUUAAUCAUGUGAUCACAAGUGCGCCUUCGGUUUGCUUGCCAUUGAAUAUCAGUCAGACCACUAUCACCACAACAACAGCAACACCAACAAUAAUGUCAACAACAACAACAACAACAAUACCAACAACAGACCAAUUAUUAUUAUUACCGCAAAAUAGUUCGGCAACGACCAUAUUAACCACAACAACACCAUCCCUCACCACCAACACAAACGUUAGUUCGACUACUGUUAUCUCAUUGCCAACAAAACCUCAAACGACAACCUCAAGAGAUGAUAAUAAUUUGAAUGUCAAUGUUUGUCGAUCGAUAUUAUCAUUGACAACGGCAACGGCGCCGACAUAUGUGUCUCAUCCAACUCAGCCACCAAGUGUUUCAACUGUUCACAGCAGCAGCGCAUCAGUCAAUGUUGCGCUCACGAGUCCACUUCUUGUGAAUCUAUUACAAAGUGACGCCACAUCGGGACACAUAAAGGGCGCGCCACACACAACAGUGACGUCGGCGCCCAAUAAUAAUAAUAAUAAUACAGUAGUCAAUCGACACAAACGAAAUCAUACGACCGAAUUGGCACACAAACGAAAGCCACGGAUCAGUAGAAAGUCAAGACAAGAGACACAGGAGAAGAAAGAAAAGAAAGACAUACCGGAAACUUGUAACGAAUCGUCAGCUUAUGUUAUAAAUACAAAUGAUAUAACACAGACUAUGAUACCGACGAGUGUAUUACAGACAACUGUGUCGACCAUUGCCAGCGCUUCUUCAUCACCAAAAUGCUUGCCGCCGUCCAAUCCAUUGCUUCAGUCGCAGUCAUUAACGCAGUCGUCGUCGCCGUCGCCGACAAUGGGCUCACAACAAGUGCAAACCAAAACAUUCAAAAUUUAUAAAAUAAGUAUUCCUAUCAACUCAAUGUCCAGAUAUCCAUCAAUACACCCCGAAGCCCAGGGGCAGCCACAGGUUGUGAGAGGGGGUCAUUUGCCUUUACGGCCACAACUCACGGCUACUAACGUCGGUUCGCCUCCAAUAGCGACCACGCAAUUAUUGAAACCAUUAUUUGUGACAAUAAGUAAUUCAACGGCUAAUAUAAAGGCUAAUCUACAAAACGAUGAUAAAUCACAGUCUAGUCCUAACUGUAUUGCCAGCCCUAACCAUGAAUUGUUAAAUAAAUCGUUGGCAUCUGAAACCAAUAAUAAAAUUAGUGAAUCAGAUGUUGUUGUGAUUAGUAGUAAUAAAUCAAACAAUGAUGUGAAUGAUAUGACACCACCGCCAACAUCAGCAACAACAACUACGACGACAACAACAUCGAUGUCUGGAAAAGCCAAGCAUUUAAUCAAUCCAUUCACUGGUCUUUUAGAGCCAAUGAGUGACGAAGAGGAAGACGAUAGGCCGUCGCCGACUGCCAUAUUCCCAGAGAUGGACACGGGAUCGGAAGCCGGCGGUAACUCUGAACGAAGUCUAUCCGAUACAGGGAGUAAUGGUAAGGACAACCAACACUCGUCGGACACCGAUUCGGGAUUAGGAAAGUCUGGUACCGAUGUGUCCUCGCAAUCAUCUAUAGACGUACCCAAUGGUGACGCCAUACUAACGAAAGCGUGUAUUACUGAGAAUCAUAUAAAAAACCAUACAAAUCACACCAAUCAUACAAAUUGGCCGAUCAUUCAAAAUAAUUAUUCAAUAAUUCAAAUGAAUUCACCGACAUAGUGAUUGAUUUUGGGAGGGGGAGGGCAUUGGGAUCAGUUUUUUCUGUAAAGUGAUCGACCAAUGCAUCCAUACACCAAACACCAUGUCUUUGUUACCAUUUUUUUUAGAUAUCUACUACUACUCCACACAAGUUUGCAAGUAUAGAGACAUACACAUACAUACAUACACACGCGCGGGUGAGUGGUGUGUGUGAGUGUGUAUGUGGAGAGUUAUGAUCGCAAUCCACACAAAAUAAUUAAAAAAAAAAUAAAUACUUGUAAAUAACAAAUUAUAUAAAUAU